CAUUUCAUCAACAUAUAUAGUUAUACCUGCUGUUCAAGUUCUAAUUAAUUAAGAAAAAAUCCAAACUACAUUUUCUCUUUCAGGAUCUUGUACUGUCAAUGGCUUCCUUAGACAUGAAUACGUCUGUUGUAAGCUCUCGACAGGAGAAUAUCGUUCGUCCUGUCGCCAAUUUCUCCCCUAGUCUCUGGGGUGAUCUUUUCACUUCUUGUUGUGCUGAUACUCAGGUAUCUGAAUUUUAUGCUAAGGAGGUUGAAGAACUGAAAGAGAAGGCGAGGAGUAGUAUAGUUGCCGAUGGGAAAAAGUUGCACGAAAAGUUGAUUUUGAUCGAAACUGUCCAACGUCUUGGUUUGUCGUAUCAUUUUGAGAAAGAAAUCCAAGAUCAACUUGAACUUAUAUUCAAGCUCGAAAACGAGGAGAAUGAUGAUUUGUUCAUCACUGCACUGCAAUUCAGACUGCUAAGACAACAUGGUUUUGAUGUCUCUUCUUGCGUUUUCGACAAAUUCACAAACAACGGUAAAUUCAAAGAGAGCCUUAGGGUUGACAUCAAGGGUCUGCUCAGCCUCUAUGAAGCAGCACAUUUACGGUAUCAUGGAGAGACCGUUCUAGACGAGGCGCUUACGUUCUCGACUGCCCAUCUUGAGUCCUAUGGACGACAAGAUUCGAGCAAUUCUAUGAUGGGGAGAAAAGUGAGGCAUGCACUGGAGCAAUUCCUUCAAAGGGGUAUUCCAAGAAUUGAGGCACGCCAUUUUAUUGCAUUCUACGAAGAAGAUGAAUCAAAGGAUGAAUCGUUAUUAAGGUUUGCAAAGUUGGACUUCAAUUUGCUCCAAAUGUUGCACAAGAAAGAACUCUAUGAAGUCUCAAGGUGGUGGAAGGAGUUGGACCUUAUCUCAAAACUCUCUUAUGCAAGAGAUAGGGUGGUGGAAUGCUAUUUCUGGACUAUGGGAGUGUAUUUCGAGCCUCAAUAUUCUCGAGCCCGAGUCAUGUUGGCUAAAACUAUCGCUAUGAUAUCAGUAAUCGAUGAUACUUAUGACUCAUAUGGAACGGUUGACGAGCUUGCCAUUUUCACCGAUGCAAUAGAAAGAUGGGAUAUCAACGAAAUCGAUAGACUCCCAGACUAUAUGAAGAUAUGCUAUAAAGCUCUUUUGGAUCUCUACGACCAAUACGAUGAGGAAUUAAGACAACAAGGACGAUCAUUUGCUGUUCACUAUGCGAAAGCUACGAUGAAGGACAUAGUAAGGAGUUACAACAUAGAGGCUAAAUGGUUCAUUGAAGGAUACAUGCCACCCUUUGCUGACUACAUGGCCAAUGGUUUCAUUACCAGCACCUACUACUUGCUUGCGACAACGUCGUUCAUCGGCAUGGAGUCCGCCCCGAAGGAAGCAUUUGAUUGGCUGAUGAAAAAACCUAAAAUCCAAGUAGCCAAUGUGACUAUAUGUCGUGUCGUCGAUGACAUAGCCACUUACGAGAUCGAGAAGAAAAGAGGGCAAACGGUGACAGGAAUUGAGUGUUACAUGAACGAGUACGAAGUGUGUGAGGAAGAGGCGAUGAGGGAGUUGAGCAACAUCGCGGAGAAUGCCUGGAGGGAUAUUAACGAGGAAUUGGCAAAGGAAAAGGCUGUGUCGAAGGAGAUGAUCAAACGAGUUGUGAACCUUGCUCGAUUGAUAGAUGUUGUUUACAAGCACAAUCAAGAUGGAUACACUCACCCGGAGAAAGUGUUGAAGCCUCACAUCAACGGAUUGCUUCUGGAUUUCUUCAAGAUUUGAACAAGACUGGUUUUUGAUCUGUUUUAUACUUUGAUUUAUUCUUUCAUGAUGUUAAUUAUUAUAUAUCUUGUCAAUAAGUAUGUAAAUUAAUGCCAGUUGGUUUUUCAUCAUGUUGUGAUGAUGGAAUAACCAUAGAUGCAUUGUGUCUCCCAAAGGGUGUAAUACUAUUUAUAAAUAAUGCAGAAAUUAUUUCAA